AUGCUGUUCGGUGACUUGCACAGUGGUUUGAGUCUCAUCGAUGACCUGCUCUGCUCUGCUGUGUGCGGGAUGCCGAAUUGGAUUUCCCGAGACACCCGCAUGGUCGACGCUGCGAGAUACGUUACUAGCCCGGUCGAUAACAGACGACUCGCGGAGAAGCCGCUGAAUGUCCUUCUUGUUUUGCGGUCACUGAGGCUCUGUGCGUCCGUCCGGCUGCUUGUUGCACGUUGCGUUCCAAUCGAAUGGCAGGAGGUGCCUUGCAGCACCGACCCGGUAGCAUCCUUCUCUGGAAUCGACCACGCGCUUCACGAGGGACAAUUCUUCCUCUCAUGA